CAACUAAAGUCGUUUCAUUACUUUAACGAAAGAAGUAAAUAGUCGUCAAAAAUGGUGAAUUCAAUGAUUCAAACUUAAUUUCUUUGUAUUUUAGCUAUAAAUAAUUCUUCAUUUAAAUACUUGGCAUUAAAAUCCCUAAGUUAAUAGUUGUUUCAUUUCCUUAGAAUCAAAUGUAGAACAUUUGACCUACUUUUUCUAUCUGAAAAUAUUUAGUAAUUAUAUAAUUGAAAAUAUAUCAUUAUGGCAAGCUCAGCUUCAACGAACCGCAGUUCUCCGCCUCAACGAUUUUGUAAAUAUAUUCAUCGAUACUGCAAUCAGACACGAUUAGAAGGAUAUGAUUAUUGUAUUCGGCAUAUUUUAGAAGAUAAGACUGCACCUUUUAAGCAAUGCAUGUAUGUAAACCAGCCAAACAAAAAAAGAUGCACAAAUGCUGCUCCUAAAAAUGAUAAAAACGAUAAACGAGAGAAUGUCUUCUGUCCUUUCCAUGCGAAACGUGCUAUGCUAAAAGUUAGAAUUUCUGCACCUAAAAAGAAGCUUGUGGAAGGCCCUGUAGCACUUCUUAAGUCUCUAGAGCAUUAUUGUCAUGAUCCAAAUCACGAUUCCUCCAGUAAACGUGAUGCUGCAAAUUUUGAUAAGUCUGAUAUUUCUGCCUGUAAAGGAGAAGCUCCUACUACCUUAAGUGACCUUGAACCUGCUCUUGAUGAAGACAAACCUGUACAAGAGAGAGCUCGUAUCGACAACGUCGACGACGACUUCUGCUGGGUUGAAAAAUUUGGAGAUUCCUUAGCAAAUGCUGGAGCGUAUACUCAUAAGGAAAUUUUGACUAUUGCAAAAGAGAAAAUUCUAUAUUUACAGCAGCUUUAUUGCGAGGAACUAAAAGUUGUUUAUCAUCAGCUGAAAGAAAAUCGAAGGGAAUUUUUAUCAGCAUUGCACAGUUCACAGGUAUCUACCUCUGAAUUGCCGUCACAAAAAUCAGAUGAAACUUCUCUUCAUGCUUUAAUGCAGCAUCAUCGGCGUAGCGGGGCAGAGAGAGUUCUUCGUCACAAAGUGCAAGCAAAACGACUUAACACGGAUAAGACCUCUUCGGUGCAACAAAAUUGCACUUAUGAAAGGAACGGUAAACAAUGUAAACACGUUGCAAUAGUGUUGACUAAAUUUUGCAAGAAUCAUAUUUUGUUUGAUCAGAACCAAUUGUUAUUCAAGCCCUGUCCUUCAGGCUUGAAAAAGAAAUGCAAAAGGCCAGUUUUAAUCCUCGAAGAGGAUGAGGCAUGCGAUAUGCAUCUUCACAGAUUAUUAAAAUCAAAGCUGGGUCAAUCUCGUCGGCCAUCUUCGACGGAGGUGGCCCCUAAAGCGGUCCAAGUAGAGCCAGAGCCAUUCCAGUCAAUGGAUGACAUAGCUUCUUUAGGCUUAGAUGCUACCGAUCCUGGUUCAUUAUUUGGUUUGGAUCAAUAUGGUGAACCUGGUGAAUCUACAGAUACUGUACUUUCUGAGGAUCAGGCAGAUUUGAUGCAAAUUCAACCAAUAUCUCUGACACCACCUGCAGAUAUAUUGAGUGACAGUAGAAAAUCAGAAUCUGAAUGAAGUGAUUUUUUUUUAUUAUUCUCAGAACAAUUUAGAAAUAUUAUUUACUUAUAUGUAUUGUGUUUCAAAAAAAAUUAACUACUGUACAUAUGCUUUUUUUAAAAAAUGUACCAUCUUUUUUUGUGAAAUUUAAUUAAAAAGUUUGCAAGAGCUACUUUGCUAUUACACGACAACAAUGCUUAGUGACAUUUUGACUUGAAGUGUUAUUUUUCUAUAAAUAUGGAAAACAUCUAUAUAUCAAGGGUAGCUUUUUUUUAUUGUUCAUAGAAAGUGCCACAAUUGUGUACACUGCAGUGCUACUUUUAAAAUCAGUAUAUGACAAUAACAUAAAGCGCAUUAAGAAAAAAUUGAUCUUGAUAUUUAAAUAAUAACUAAAUACUUUCGUAGUUUCUGAUUAAAAACACAUCCACAGAAUUUCCCUUAAGAGGAAGUGGGGUGCAUCCAGAAAGAAUAUUUAUUUCAAUAUUUAAAGAAUCUGUAAAAAAAAUUUUUAUUGCUUUGUAUUUCUUAGAAAUGUUUUUAUGUGAGAGGUUUUCUCAAAUAGUGUCAAUAAUUUAAUUAAAGCUACUAAAGCAACAAAUAUCCAUCUAUGUAUGCAUACAUAUUUUUAACAAUGUUUAAAUUUUAAAACUAAAAAUUUAUGAAACUCUUGCUUUAUUUAGAUUCUUUAAAUUAAAUAAUUGCAGAAAAACAGAAACUGUGAAUUCUAGUGUUCUACAAUACUUUUUUUUUUAUUCUCUACUCAAGUGUUUUUUUUUAUUUAUUUCUUAAAAAUAUUAGUUAAUUAUGGCAUUAAAUUCAAAGCGGCAACUUGAGCACUUAUUUAAUGUUAAUGAAUCCAAUUUGCCGUUUAACAAGCACAAUUAUUUGUGAUUGUUUUAAAUAGAAAAGUUAAUUACUUUUUUAAAAACUUAUAUUUUUUCAGGUGGUGCAAGUGCACUCUCUUGACCACCUUGGUGUCCUGACCCCCUUAUCGGAGAUCAACACUCAAUGCAUAGUUUAUUUAUAAGUUCAUAAUUUAUUUAAUACUUUUUAACUUGAUACUUAGCUUAUUUACAUUUUAUAUAGAUAGCCAUUAAAUUCUACAUUUUAUUCAACUCUGCUAGAGCACCAAGGCAAAGACAAAAUAGGCAUAUGCCUCCAUGUUUGAAAAUAUGUGUUUCACUCCUGUUUGGAAAAAAACUUUUUUUUUUUUUACAGAAAAUUAGUUCAAUUUUUUUUUUAAAUUUAAAAUAAGUUUCCCCUUUGUAUUUUUUAAAAAAAAUAACAAACUUCACGAGAAUUUUUCCUGAUGCUUCCAUUGAUUUAAAAAUAUCUUUUAGAUUCUAAUUCCUGCUAUGAAAAUCUUCUGAAUAAUUCAAUUUAAAAUAACUUAACUUAAAUUUUGCAAAAUACUUACUAAAACUAUCAUUGUAUGUCAGUAUUUACAAGAUUUUAUAUUUAAUUACAAUAAUGUGUAAAAUAUAAUUAAUGUAUUAAAUUUUUUAUAAAAAAAAUUUCUUUAACCGCACAAGACCACCUUUGACUACAGCCUCAACGAUUAUAGUGAAAUCUCUACCUUUAUAUUUUAACUACUAUUUGUAUUUUUUGUAUUCAUUUAUGCACAUUUAGUUUUGACUAUUUAUUACUUGCUUUAAAUUGCAGAAAUUUUAAUUGUAAAUUGCCAAGCUUAUAUUUUCUAUAUUAGCAUUUAAAAUGAUCACUGUUUUUUUUUUUGUUUUUUUUUAAUGGUUUAUUGUAGUCUGUUUAAAACUAAGCUUUAACUGUUCCUAAUAAACAGAAUGAACAUAUACUCUAAUCUUUUUUUAUAUUGUGUUUAUACAAGAUACAUUGUGAACAGUGUUCAUUACUUUUUAGCACAUGCAUGUGCAAUGUAUAAAUCUUUGGUGACUUUUGAGCAAUUGUAAUAAAGUUCGUUAGUUGUGUA